UUUUGUCCCCAAAGCUUCAAGGAUCUGUGUGGGAUCUAAAACAAGCGAAGACAUUUAUGAGACGGAAAUAUAUUUAUUGCCUACAGAUUUUUUAUAAUCCUUUAGCAAUUAAUGUAUGGUAUGACCUUAAUUGAGUAAUUUAGGGCAACUUUCUCCCAAACAUGUUAGCAUGUUGUAUAAGGCAGUGAACACUGGGUCUGGUUUUGGGCUCAUUUUAAGGAAUCCAGCUUAUGUGUUUGAACCAGAGACUUAAAUCUCUUAAUGAGAAGCAAAUUUGCUUCAAGGACCUAUAAGUUCUGCCAUGACAUUUUUUGUUUAGUAUUUGAUAUUUUAGGUAAAAAUGGAUGAGAUUUUUUACAUAUCAUAUCAUCUUUUGAUAUGGCAUUUAUACAUCUUUAAAAUGAUCUAGAAAUCAAAAUGCGAGACCGUUAAUGCAAUUUCAUAGACUCUAUAAUGUUAAUAGUGGGUUAUCCUUAACAUUACAAAUAGCUUUUGCCUUAAAAACAACUUUCACGCUUGCGAAUAGUCAUGGUUGCAUUGUCCAAUCAGAGUCCCUCUCCACAAAAUCUUAAAAGAGAACGCUAUUGAGUGUGACAGUCUGGUUCUGGAAGUAAAAAUUCCAUUCAUUUUCUCCAAAGGGAAGUCCAUUUUUAACACUAACUUAAAACAGACUUAAAUGAAAGUUCUCCCAUCAUUUCCUCACCCUCAUGACAUCCCAGAUGUGUAUGAAUUUCUUUCAAUCAUGAUUGUGCCUAGAGACUGCAAUGGCAAGAUGUACAGUGAAAAACAGUUACAUUUUUGGUCUGUUUUGACCCAAAACCGAUUAGGUCGUUUCAGAAGACAAAUAAGAAAAAUUGAUUAAACCACUGGAGUCUUAUGGAUUACUUUUAUGCUGCCUUUAUGUGCUUGUUGGAGCUUCAAAGUUAGGUCACCAUUCACUUGCAUUGUAUGGACCUACAGAGCUGAGACAUUCUUCUAAAAAUCUCAGUUUGUGUUCUGCAGAAGAAAGAAAGUCAUACACAUGUUAGAUGAGAGGAUGAGAGAAUUUAAAUUUUUGGGUGAACUAUUGCUUUAAGUAGACAGUCUUAAACCUUGUCUUUUUAUCCAAUUUUCAAAUACUUGUAUGCUUUAAAUUAAAGUUUUUAAUGGUGGUUUGGUGGUUGGUUUUUUUCAUGGCUUAGAAAUAUUUAUGAAAUACUGCAAAAAAUAAUUUAAACCCUCAAGGAUACUUUACAUAUUCAUCUCUCCCAACUGUGUGCAACUCAGCAGUUUUAGUGGUUUAAUGGUUAAACUUCUAAAAUUAUUCAACAGAUUUAAACUAUAAAAAUAAAUCCUAAUUGUCAUUUUAUCAGCGGCAUAAAAUAAACUGGAUGUGCAAAUCUUAGGCUCAUCGCAAGUUUUCGCUCUGCACGACUCAUGCUUAAAAUAGCCUGGCUUGCAGUUUAAGAACAGGCCUGUGUAUCAAUCAACAGAAGUCAGCACAUGCACAAUCCAACACCCAGUCUGCAAAAAUAGACCAUCACACAGAGUGCUGGCAUUCUGUACAAAAAUAUAAGACGGCAUUACAGAGACAGCUUCUAAAAUGCGGUCUGAUAUCAUAAGUGCAUCUAAAACAAGGGAUACAGUCAGGUGUGAUGUUACGAAUGUUAUGUUUUUUCUGGUUGCAAAAGUUUGACAGAGUGUUAUUGGUUGAGCAUAACUGGCCACCUGUUGUCACCGUUACUCUAGUGGGGAAAUUCUAUUAGCAUGUUUGGGGUCAUGAUGGACACCACGUGCAUCAAAAGGGAUGUCACAACACCCAUUUAAGAGGACACUUCCUCUUCCCAUUCUUAUAAAAGCCCACUUUGACAACCAGCAGCUUGCAAACAGAUUAUCGAACAUAAGACGUGGAACUCUCCACCCUAUGAAAGCAACAAGAACACAAGAAGAACCAUGAGUACGGCUGCCGUCCAGCAAAAUCGGCCUUUCAACAGAGCCAUCAGAAAGAUCAAGGUGGCUUCGACGGUGACCAGCCUUGCCAAAAGCUGGCAAAGCUGGGCAAAUGACCACACCGGCAAGCAAGACACGAUCCCAAGUGGUUGGAUGCCUGACACCAUCAUUGAGGAUGAGAAAGAAAAACAGAAGGAGAAGAGCGAGAUGAAACUCUUGGUCACACCUCGCGUGAUAUCUGUGAAUGGCGAAAAUAGUUCAGACAAGAUCAAGACAGGAACCGUGACUAAGGCCAUCAUACCGAAAAUUACAGAGUGUGGGAAAGACAUUGUGAGCACCAUCAAGGAGAAGAUCAACACCAAUCAGUUGGUAUCAGAGGACACGAAAAACUUCUUGGGCAAUGAGUCUCCUACUAGGAGACGCAUCUGUGGUGGGAAAGCUGGAGCGUUGGCAAAGGUGCUGGGACAGAAAGAUGAAAAGAAAAUGGGAUCCCGAAGUAGCAGUGUUGAUACAGAGGACAGUGGACUUGGGGAGGAAGCGUCGUUGAGUGACAAUAGCGACCAGAAUGAGAAUGAACCGAAGAAACAUGUCAGCAGGACCAAGAUUAAGGUAACCACAAUGGGUGACCUGAGGAGCAGGUGGCAACAGUUUGCUGAAAACCACAUUGAAGGUCAGAAGGUAAACCCUUUCAGCGAUGACUUCGACUACGAGCAUGCAAUGGCUGUUCGACUUCUCAAGGGCGACGCAGGAUACGGUCGCCCCAAAGAGGGAUCGAAAACCGCCCAACGAGCCGAUCGAGCCCAGAAACACAUCUACCGUGAGAUGGAGGAGUUGUGUUUUAUCAUACGUGACAUGGGUCAACAAGACAAGCAGGGACGCAUCUAUGUAAACUUUGGCCGUCUGUUUGACCGUUACGUUAAAAUUUCUGAUAAAGUUGUGGGAAUUCUGUUGCGUUGUCGCAAACACAAGAUGGUGGACUUUGAGGGCGAGAUGCUCUGGAAGGGCCAGGAUGAUGAUGUCAAAAUCACGCUAUUGGUUUAAUGCACUGGAAAAUCAAAUGAACUAAAACGUACGCAACUUACGCCAAAGUAUGCCUUGCUAGCAUGUGUUGGGGAGUACCUAACUAAAAGUAGCGAUGCUGCUAACAAAGCUACGUUUCUCAGUAGUGUCAUAGUAGCUUUUCCAAUAAUUAGCAACUUUUUCCAACAAUUAGCAGUGUAGCGUGACAAAACGCUACACUGGCGUUUUUAACCCUUUAUAUUGGAUGUGCAACUUCAUAGCUGUGUAAAUGGAGUCAAUAAUCAAACUGUGUUGCAUUACAACAUCUGAUUUAUUUUAGGUCACGUCCACACUAAUGCAUUUUUAUUUGAGAAUGCAUUGAUUUUGCUACAUUUACGUCUCUAAUUCACACUAGAACGGCGUAUUCCUCCACAAAACACGGAGACUUUCGAAAAUGCUCUCAAUAAAUGCAUACUGUGGAAAACGAAUGACAUAAGCAAACUUAUAACUGAGUUUUGAAACAUGAACAAAUUAGUAUGGACGUGGCCUUAGUGAAUUGGUUGAUUCUAAUGGCUUCUGUAAAUGAACUGGUUCAAAAAAAUUUUAUUUGAUCCUAAUUUUUCUGUGCCAGAUACUGUACAUACAAUCAUGCAAAGGCAAACGUAGUACCUUAACAUUUUGUCAAAACAAUUAUUUAUGACCUAAUUUAUAGUUUCUAAGACUAUGAUCUCUCUGUGACGAGAUGGUUUAGCUCAAUUAUGAUCAAAUUCAGAGAAAGCAAAGUGUGAACAUUGCAGUAAGAACUAAAUCCAUGCUAAAACAAACAAACUUUGAGUUUAAUUAUUGGUUAAAUGACUCCAUUUUGCAGUUGUUGGGUCAAAUAGCCCUGAUAUUUUUCCAAAAAUAUUGCCCCAAGCUACUUUAGCAUGUAGUUGGUAGCUAGUUUUUAUUAGUUACAUGUAGUGUAGCUAACUACUUCAAAAAGGUUAGCUUUAAAAGUUACUUUAAAUUCUGAGUAGCUUGUAGCUUGCAAACUACAGUUUCGAAGUAGCUUCCCCAAUACUGAUAGAAUGUCUCUGAUUAUUCUAUUUAUAAAUUCGUUGGAAGUAUGAAAUCGUAAAAUCUUGAGAACGUUCCAGAAAAGUAAUGAACACUUAAACAUUAACAUUUGAUCUUAUGCAUCCACUUUGGUGCAUGACAUGUUUUGAAAGUGAAGUCAAGAUUUUGUUUUUGUAGUGAGGAGCUUUGCAUAUGAGAUGCUAGAAUGGUGACGCCUUGCUCACAGUUUACACAAGGGAUUGAAUGCCUCUCAUAUUUGUAGAACAUCAAGCAUCCUCAGAAUGCAAACCGUACAAGCCCUGAUGCCCAGACAGGUUUUGCAAAUGCAAAUGUUCUCAUGUUGCUUGUAAUUCUUUCAUCUGUAUCACAUUUCAAGUCGAAACAGUUUGGCAUUUGAAGAAUAUUGCUAGUUGACUGUCUUUAAAGUCAACAUGAAAAGGUUUAAAAUCCAUUUGACUUGAAACAGUAUACUCUAUGCAAUGAGAAUGGAUUUUGAAAAGUGAAUGUUAAACACCAGAAUGGAAUAUAAGAAAGGUUUGGUGACGUCAAUAAAAAAUUUAAGUCUUUACAGAGGUGGAGCAAGUUGUUAGAAACAUGUAUUAGGAAAGUAAAUAGUGUUCAUUUUGAUUUCAUGUUAACUUUAAUGCUUUUGUCGCUAGUGCAAAUAUUGUCUAUUUUCAUGUAAAUUUCAUGUUGUUUUAUUGUCCAGUAUUUGUUGCUCUUUCAAAAUGAAAGCAUGAUAGUCCUCUUGUAGAAGGAUGUGUUGUAAAUAUUUGAAAGAUUUGAUUACGUGUAGUGUAUGAAACUAAUUUAUUGUUAUGAUCUUGAAUUAUUCUACCAUUGUUGUGUCACAGAAAUACAACAUUGACCUUAUGAAAGAGGAUGUCUUGCAUUUUUUCAUAAUUAAACAUAGUUAUUUGUUUAAAUCUGGAUAUAAUAUUUGCAUAAUGCGUGUGGGUUUUAUUUAGCUAAACUGUGGAGACAAAUUUGUCCCAAGAAGUUAACUAAAUUUAACCCAAACUCCUGCUUUACAUCAUAGAUAAAAAAU